AUGGACCUGAGGCCAAACUGCUUCUGGAGCAGGCCUUUCCAAGAACAAAAAGACUAUUACAAACCUGGUGAUCUUACUAUCGGUGGGAACCUACCUCUCUCCUUUAAUAUAGUUAUACAGCUCCCACAUGAGCCUCCUGGCGAUUGGGAUAGCCUUUCUCUACCUGUUCCCAAGAACUACCAACACAUUCUGGCUUUGACAUUUGCCAUCCAGGAGGUCAACAGAGACCCACAGCUUCUCCCCAACAUCACCCUGGGCUUCCGCAUCUAUGAAGAGAACCAUUAUGCAAGCAUGACUCCAGAUGUCAGCCUGUCUCUGCUCUCCAGCCGGGGAAAAUUGUUUCCUAACUAUAAGUGUGACACAGAGGACAACCUUCUCUCUGUCCUUGGGGGUCUCAACUCCAGAACUUCAUACCAGAUGGCCACUGUGUUUGGCAAUUUCAAGGUUUCUCAGCUAGGUUACCGCUUCUCUGAUCCUUUUUUGAGGGAUAAGACUCAGUUCCCCACCUUCUACCAGAUCGAUCCUCAGUAUCACCUCCAGAAUGCAGCCAUUGUCCGUCUCUUUCUAUAUUUCCACUGGAACUGGAUUGGGAUCGUUGUUCAGAAGUCAGAGAGCAGUGACCAUUUCAUCCGGAUUUUUGACGCCACCCUCGCCCAGAAUGACAUCUGCAUACACUUUGUAAAACAAAUCAUGCCCCAAAUCUCGAUAUUAAACGCACUGAACAGCGGACAAAUAGAUGUGCUUUGGACAAUUUUGAGUAGUGAUGCUCAGGUUGUGGUUAUCUCCGGGGUUUCAAGUGUUCUGCAAAGCCUUUUGCUAUCCCUCUCCUUCUAUGAAGAAGAGAACCACACUUCUUCUGGGAAGGUUUGGAUCCUGACCACCCAAUGGGAAUUUUCAGCGAUUGGCUACCACUACAAUUGGGGGAAACUAAAAUCCUUCCAUGGCGCUUUGUCUUUCACGGUUCACACAAACCCGGUGCCAGGAUUCAAAGACUAUCUCUGGGCUCUGAAUCCACACGAACUCCAUGGAGACGUCUUUCUCCCCGAAUGGUGGGAAGUUGUAUUUGACUGUCAGGUUUUGAAGGCAGGUCUGACCUCACCUGGAGGCCGAAGGGUUUGCACAGGAGAAGAGAACCUGGACACCCUCCCAGCCUCCGUCUUUGAUGGAAAGAUGACCGGUUUCAGCUACAGUGUCUACAAUGCUGCCUAUUCUGUGGCACAUGCAUUACAUGCUGCGUAUACUUUGGAAUCAAAGUGGGCAUUGAAGAGGGACAUAAAGAAGUCACACCUUCACCUCUCUAUGAAGUCCUGGCAGAUGCAUGCCUUCUUGAGAAACGUCCUUUUCAACAACUCCGCUGGGGAGGAAGUCUCCUUUAAAGAAACUGGGAUGAAAUACGCAGGAUUUGAUAUCCUCAACUGGGUCGUCUUUGCAAACAUGACCAUCCUUCGACAGAAAGUCGGAUGGGUCAAUCCGGAGGCUCCUUCAGCUGGAGGUUUCAGCAUUAACCCCGAUGCCAUUGUGUGGGCCAACCAGACAAAGCCUUUCUCCCGAUGUGUGAAGAGCUGCCUUCCAGGAAAAGCCAGGAAAGUUGCAGAGGAGAAGCGUUCUUGUUGCUACGGAUGUGUUUCUUGCCCAGAAGGGACCAUUUCUAAUCAAACAGAUGUGGCUCAGUGCAUCCCCUGCCCAGAAGACCAACACCCCAGCAAGAACCACGUCCUGUGCAUUCCCAAGACCAUGAACUUUCUCUCCUAUGAGGAAACACUUGGCUUCAUUUUAGUUUCUCUAGCUUUUGUCUUCUCUUUGAUCACAAUCCUCAUGUUGGCAGCCUUCAUCAAACACUGCAACACACCGAUUGUCAAGGCCAACAACCGCAACCUCACCUACAUCCUCCUGGUUUCACUCCUGCUCUGCUUCCUCUGCUCCUUCCUCUUCAUCGGGCAGCCAACGAACCUCACCUGUCUCCUCCGACAAACCGCUUUUGGCAUCGUCUUCUCCACGGCCAUUUCCUCUGUGUUGGCAAAAACUCUGACUGUAGUUCUGGCCUUCAUGGCUACUAAGCCAGGAAACAGGGUGAGAAAACUCUUGGGGAAGCAGCUGAUCGUAGUCCUGGCCUGUACCCUUGUGCAAGCAGUUCUUUGUGCCUCCUGGCUGUCAAUCUCCCCCCCAUUUACUAAUUUGGACUUUCAUUCUGUGAAGGGAGAAAUUGUGAUGGAAUGCAAUGAAGGUUCAGCCACCAUGUUUUAUGCUGUCCUGGGCUACAUGGGUUUGCUGAGUCUCAUCAGCUUUUUAGUGGCUUUUCUGGCUAGGAAGUUGCCUGACAGCUUUAAUGAAGCCAAGUUCAUUACUUUCAGCAUGCUGGUCUUCUGCAGCGUUUGGGUCUCCUUUCUCCCCACCUAUCUGAGCACCAAAGGGAAGUUCAUGGUGGCCGUGGAGAUCUUCUCCAUCUUGGCCUCUGCGGCUGGUCUGCUGAGUUGUAUCUUUCUCCCCAAAUGCUACGUUAUAGUGCUGAGGCCAGAUCUGAACAAUAGAAGUCACCUCAUGAGGAAAAUUUAG